AUGCUUUAUUCGGGUUUCGAUCAAUUUAUCUCUCUGGAAUCAUUUGUGGAUCCUUCCAAUGGUUAUCUCAUUGAUGACACCUGUGUGUUUGGAGCUGAGGUCUUUGUUUCUGAAAAAAGCAGAAUAGUUAGAGAAGAUUGCCUAUCAAUGAUCAAGAAUCCUGUCAUAUACCAGCAUGCUUGGAAGAUUGAGAAGUUUUCAGAGUUAAAAUCUGGGUAUUACUCAGAAGCAUUUAAAGCUGGUGACUACAAAUGGAAGAUACUUAUCUAUCCCAAGGGAUAUGGCCUUGGAAAGGGUAGUCAUCUUUCUCUUCACUUGGGAUUGUCUAAUCCUAAAACCCUACCUCCUGGCUCUGGAAUAUUUGCAGCGUAUUGUCUGCGCAUUGUAGAUCAAAAGCACACUAAGCAUGUUUUCAUUAAAGGGUAUAACUCGUUCAGUGCCUCGCGUCCGGCUCAGGUUUGGCAACGUCUCAUUAAGCUGGACCUUUUCCGUCGGGCAGGCAGUGGUUUUUUGAAGAAGGAUACUUGCUUAGUGGAGGCAGAGGUCACUGUACACGGAAUUGCUAAAGCUCUUUAA